GUGUUGCAAUCUAGGAUACUAGAGAUAACAGGCAAGGAUCCCCAUUGCCUCUGGUGUCCACUUCACAGGUUUUUCCCACAAGUCAUACCCUAAGCAACAGUCCACAGCCUCUGCAAUCAUGCUUCUCAAAAUCACUCUACAAGUUCUUGGCAUGAUAGCCAUCACCUUUGCCCAGAUCUAUGAGCAAAAAAUGGCAUUUGUAUGAAUAUAUAUGGGAUAUCUGCAUGUAACUGCCAUAGGGAUCAGAUGAGAAACACCUGAUGUGUUAAUGUCAGUGCUUAUGUUAGAUGUUGAUGGAAGCAUUUCAGCACAUCUAAGCCAAAAUAUUCUUCCAAACUAGAGAAAGAAGUGACUAGUUCAGACCCUCCCAAAACAUUUGCCUGGGCCAUGGAGUAGGCUGUUGCCUACAUGCUCCCUACACAUGUGGGAGAUGACUCAGAAGUGAGCCCUGUGCACUCACUGAUUGUGCAAUUGGAGCCUGCUGAAGAGAAGCAGGGUCCGCAUAGGGACAACAAUAUGUCUGUUUGGUGUAGGGCCUCUCACAUGAGAAUCUUCCUCUAUCGCUUGUGCCCAUUGGUGGCUUUUGUCGUCACCAUUAUGGUAGCACUCCACUUUCUCCUGCCUUCUGCUGAGCAUGAGGAACAGGGAAGAAUUAACCCAGUGCUAAAAGGGGAAGAGGUACGCCCACGUCAAGGGGAAGAGGUACACCCACGUCAAGGUGGUUCACCUGUGAAUGUUGCUGUCUACUAUGAAUCCUUGUGUCCAGACAGCCGCAACUUUGUCCUGAAUCAGCUCCAGCCAACUUUCAAUAUACUUCCAUCCAAUAUCAUGAGUACAUCAUACAUUCCAUAUGGCAAGGCUGAAACGAUUACAAAUCAUGAUGGAACCUACUCCUUCAAGUGCCAACAUGGCCCAGAGGAAUGUCGCAAGAACCGAUACCAUGCCUGUGGCCUGGUACAGACUGGGAACGAUCAAGGAGAAACCGUCAAGCUUGUUUCCUGCCUCUUCCGCAAUUGGCGCGUUCAGGGACGCGCAGGGGAUAUUGAGGCUUUCAAAUCUUGCAUAGAAGCAGUACCAGGUGGGAACUGGCAGACUCUCCAGGAUUGUGGAGAUGGAGCUCAAGGCAAUCAGCUCCUAGCCAACUAUGGACAGAUGACUCACAGUCUCCAGCCUCCCGUCACUUUCAUUCCAACAAUACUCAUCAAUGGGGUGAAGAGUGAUGAAGCAUUUAGAAAUCUCUUGCAAGCUGUCUGCAAUGCAUACACUGGUGAGAGACCCCAGGAAUGUGGCUCAUGAAUUGCUGAUCUCAUCUGUGAUCAUAACCAUUGAAUGAAUGACUGAUCAUCUGCAUUGUUCAGAGUUACCCAAAAACCUUACCCUGAGUAUUUAAAUGUUCUUCCUGUUUAAUAUUUUAUUACCUGUGUGAAUAAUUGUCCUAAUUAAUUUGGCAUUUUUCAAAUUUUCCUUUGAAGUCCAUUGGUUUUACUUUUGCUGUUGCUUGAUUCUGUGUGCACUUGGGUUUUGGAUAGUUAUUGGGAGCGAAUCAGGUCCUUUCCCCCAUAUUCAGAGUUUCAGACUUGCCUCUAAAAAGUUGCCAGUGCUGUGUUUUUACAAUUGCUUGCCAUUUUACCUCAAGGAAUGAGGCUAAGUCAGUAGCAUUUGUAUUAUCAGAUUUUACUGCUAAUCAUUUUACCAAUUUUUGGCAGAAUGUCAUUGUACCUGCAUAGAGUUUGAUAUAUGUGGUGAUGUUCCAAGAGAUUUUUAACUUGCUUUUCAUCUCACACUGUUCCUUUGUUUUUUGUGUCUCAUGUGAUCCCAUGAAUACAAGUGAUACAUGUCAUAUUGUUGAGAUUGGAAUCUGGUAAGCACAAUCAUUCCAUGGACGAGGCAGGUGAGCUCAGGGACUGCAAUGCAUCAUUCCUUUUUUAAAUAGGUACUUUCAAUUUUAGGCUUUCAAUGGGUACUCAGACAUUUUGGAAUUGUGGGAAUUCCUUCUAAUCGAAUAUAGACUUUUUAAUGGUAUAUAAAUGUCUUUGAUGACCGA